CAGGCAGUCACGGGGGCGGUGGUUGCUCGCCGGAGAUUGCCCCGAGUCAUGUGACCGGAAGGGCUCCUGGCGGACGCCGUCCCUCCUCCGCGCGGCCUGAGCGCCCGGCCCGACCCCGGCCAUGGGGUGCUGCUACAGCAGCGAGAACGAGGACUCGGACCAGGACCAAGAAGAACGGAAGCUGCUUCUGCCUAGCAGCCCUCCUACCAAAGCCCUUAAUGGAGCUGAGCCCAAUUACCACAGCCUGCCUUCUGCUCGCACAGAUGAGCAGGCCCUGCUGUCCUCCAUUCUUGCCAAAACAGCCAGCAACAUCAUCGAUGUGUCUGCUGCUGACUCCCAGGGCAUGGAGCAGCAUGAAUACAUGGACCGAGCACGGCAAUAUAGCACCCGCCUGGCUGUGCUGAGCAGCAGCCUGACCCACUGGAAGAAGCUGCCACCGCUGCCGUCUCUCACCAGCCAGCCCCAUCAAGUGCUGGCCAGCGAGCCCAUCCCCUUCUCUGACUUGCAGCAGGUCUCCAGGAUAGCUGCUUACGCCUACAGUGCACUUUCUCAGAUCCGUGUGGAUGCAAAAGAGGAGCUGGUGGUACAGUUUGGGAUCCCAUGAAGAGAGGAGGGUCGUUGGACAGCUCUUCUCCUCCUCUCUUCACUCUGUCUCCACCCACCUCCCCUGGCCCCCAGCCUCAUUGCGGCUUAUACAGUACAGUACCCUACCUAACCUGCUACUAAUCACAGAAGAAUGUGGAGGAGGAGAGCAAGGCUAGAAGCCUGAAACAAGUGAAGAUGGAGCAAAGGAGGGUUGAACCAUUUGGGACUGAAGCCCUGCCCAGGGGUGGGUGGGGGUCAGAUGGACAAGGCCUGGGGGCUCCUCACAUUUCCUGGGAAGGUGGAGGUACUGUUGUGAGGGUGAUCACUCUAGGAGGCCUCUGAGGCCCUCCUCCCUUCCUUUCUCUUGACCUCCUGUUGCCCUCUCCCUGACUUGGUGCUCAUGGCACCUCAUUAGGGUUUGUGACCGGGGUCUAGGCAAGCUUGAAUUUGGAUGAGUUGAGUUUGUAUUUCUAGCACCCUGGGUUUUUACAUGUUUGGGGGUUUUGUUUUGUUUUGUCACCCUCGAUAAAGGACAUGUAUUCA